AUGCCACCCACAUCCAGAGUCGUAUCUCGAGCGACGACCGCCAUCCCACGCGUCAGUCCUGCACAUGCAACACCUGCACGAGUGCGCAAGGCACCGAAUCGCCCACCACCGCUGAAGAAGCCGUAUCUUGAAACCCGCGUCUAUACCGCUCGAGCUGUAUGCGACACGCAGGGAAGAAACGGCUUGGUUACUGCCACCGAUGCAAACGACGAGCCCAUCGAGAUCAACAUGUGCUACCCGCGCUCCAUGGGCGGCCGCGGCUUGGGCCACAACCCCGAGCAACUGUUCGCUGCUGCAUACGCGUCGUCAUUCGCGAGCGCCCUCCAGCAUGCAGCUUCGCUUCAGGACAAGCUCGAUGCGGUUCGCGAAGUGAAGACCCACGCGGCUGUUGUCCUCGGGCACCCUUCUGACAACAAGGGCUUUGGCGUCGAGGUCAAUCUUACCGUGGAGGGCUGUGAGGACGACGAGUUGAUCGCGGCGGCCCAUGAUGGAUGCGCUUAUUCACGACUGUUGCGCAAAGGUGGCCCUGUCCGGGUCCUGAAAGACUCGGAGGACGACGCCUGA